GGUUCCAGCUGUACACACUACUGUACCCUGAUGUUGUGCGAGACCACCAGACCAACGUCCGCCUCCGAGACUUUAUGGGCGAAGACGGCCACGUGUGGGCUGAACAGCUGAUCAGUCGGAUAGCGGAGCCCGCCUGGACCAAACGCAUGCAGCAGCAGUUGGUCAGAGGCCAGAGUACAGAGGCCAGUUACAACCGAGAUAUGAACGCCCUCUUCCUCAAGCUCCAUCUACUGGACCCUCAGUCCGUCAUCCCAGCCUACCAGAUGCUUCUCAACCAACGAGCCUUGCCGAGUGUGAACCUCGAGCUGGCCACGCGGAACUACCUGGGCGGGCCCCUGGACAGUGGUCAGUUUGAAGCGGCCGUGUCGACGUCUGAGUCUCGCGCGACCACGCCCUUGCACGCGUCACGGCUCAGCCUGACCUCUGACCUGGAGGUCCAGUACGGCGUGGCGGUGGACGAGUUCAUCAUCACUCACUGUCGGAACCUGGGCUUGUGGGCGGGGAUACGGCCAGACAACUGUCGCCUGGUCAAAGCGAAGGACAGAUGUCGGCUCAUGUAGGGAAAA